CAAAAAGGCAUAGUCCAACCCAUUCCAUUCUUUGUUUCAGUUCCACCAUGAAGCAUCCCAUUCUUUUUCUUGGUCUUCUAAUAGUUGCAUACUUUAGUGUAAGAAAGAUGGAUUCUCAAGCUGAAAAUGCUUUCUCCCACUAUUGGGAAGAGCAUAUUGGCCUUCCAAAACCUCCAGAUUGGCUUAUUGCAAAGACUUCUCCACUAAGCCUCGAUCAGCUAACAGUGUUCAUGAAACUUAUGGAGAAAAAUGAAUUGGCUUUCCACCUGCAUUCAUUCUGUAAGCAGGCUAAUGUUGCUUGUUCUACAAAUGCACUUGUGAAGAAGAUGACGUAUAGCACAACUUUUCCAUCAAUAGUCUCAUUGAAUGAUCUCAAACGGACAUAUGAAGGCCUCCCAAAGGAAACACCCUUGUCAAUUGCCAGCCAAGGGGGAUUACUAUUUUUUCGGGAGUCAGUGGUGAAAGAGGGAAAUUUUAUGCUUAUCCCUGAUCUAAGGGAUCCAGUGUCAUAUAAUUCGUUCUUGCCACGCUCUUUGGCAUCAAAAAUCCCAUUUUCCUUUUCCCGGAUCGUUGAAUUGAAGAAGCUUUUUGGUGUGGUGGAUGAUUCAAACAUGGAUGAGUAUAUUCAAGACACCCUAAAGAUAUGUGAGAAAAGUUGUAUUCAAGGUGAGCAGUGUACCUGUGCAACUUCUGCUGAGGACCUCAUUGAUUUUGUUGUUGAGAAAUUAGGGCACCAUGUAGGCAUAUGGAGUACUGAGAAUGUGGAAGGGUCUUAUGAGAAUGUCACAAUUGGAGCUAUGAAUCUAAUAUAUGGAAACCUCUCUGAACCACCAGUCUUAUGUCAUAGUCAGCCAUUCCCAUUUCAAGUGUAUUUUUGCCACAUUUUACAAAAAGUGGAAGUAUAUGCAGUUGAUAUACAUGCUAGGAAGAAGGUGAAUCAUGCAAUCAUGGCAUGCCACUAUGACACAUCAACUUGGAAUCCAAACCAUCUUGCUUUUAAGCUGUUGGGUUUUGGCCCAGGCCUAAUUGAAGUCUGUCAUUGGAUAAACAAGAAUGGAGUAGUCUGGACAAAGACCCUGGUUUGAGCAUUAUUUUAAGUAAUUGAACAUCUUUCAACUCUGUACCAAAAAAAAAAAAGGAACAUCUUUCAAUUCUCUAAUCUAUGUUACAUGUUACUGCUUAUGCCAAGGAUAAAUAAUG